AUGCCUCUCCUCAGCGUCUUCGUCCUGUCGUCCAAUACGGGUGGCGAGCGCCGCCUCCAUUCUGAUCUCACGGUCGCGCAGCUCAAGGACAAGCUCUUCACCGUGACGGGCAUCACACCGCAGUACCAGGUCCUCUGGCUCUACCGCUCGAUAGAUGCGGCCGAGACCGGCGGCACGCCUAUCGCCAGCCUCUCCGACGAGGUUGCGACACUCGCGAGCUACGGCGUGCAGGACAUGUAUUGCAUCAAGGUCGACAACACCGACCCAACAGCGCGUCCGGGCGAGUUCACCGACAUCUCGGCUGUCGACAAGUUUGAGCUCACGGACUCCGAGUACGCAGCCCGCCGCGACACCGUGCAGGCGCACCUCAAGGCGAACAAGCUGGGAAAGUACGCCGAUGCGCCUGUCCCCAUCGCGUUCUCACCUCCCACCGCCGUCCCGUCCGAUGUGGUGGUGGGCGCUCGUUGUGAGGUGCAGGGCGAGAUCGAGAGACGCGGGACGAUCCGCUUCGUCGGUGAGACGACAUUUGGGAAGGGCGGCGUGUGGGUUGGUGUCGAGCUUGAUGAGCCCAUGGGAAAGGGUGAUGGGAGUGUCGACGGGACGCGCUACUUCCAGUGCCUGCCAAAGUAUGCGUCGUUCGUGCGCGUCGACAAGGUCAAGGUCGGCGACUUUCCCGAGGAGGACCUGAUGGCCGAUGACGACGACGAGAUCUAA